AAGAAUGUGGUGCUUUGCCCAGUGUUCAGAAUGGAAAACUAAAACUUAAGAUCAAGAAUCCGCUGAAGUUGAUUGUGAUCCAGGAUUCAUAUCAAAUCCUCCUUCUAUAAAAGUGCAUCAGAGGUAUAUGGGAAACACCAACCUGUAACGAGAGUGUGAGAUGUGGCAUUCCUCCAAAAGUGAUUAAUUCUGUCAUUACAUCUAAACCUGAAGUGGUUUAUAUACAUGGAUCAAGUAUUUCAUACAUAUGCCGAAGCCCAUUUGUAAUGAUUGGAAAAAGUACAGUUUUCUGCAGCAAUGGAAAGUGGGAAGAAACGCCAACAUGUGAAGCAAGGUGUCUCAGGCCACUUGAGAAUUAUAUGGCACUGGCAAAUGAUAAAGACACAUACCAGGAUAAAGAAAUUCUGAACUACCAAUGCUUGAAGCCAUACGAUAAAAUUCCAGAAGGAGAGUGGAUCUGUGAAAAUGGAAAAUGGACUGGAAACUUUGUCUGCACAAGUGACAUCUGCCCACCUCCUCCUUAUAUUGAAAAUGGAAGUCAUUUUAGUAGGAAUCCAGAUGAAAAAAUCCCUACUGAGGUAUACUAUGAAUGCCAGGCUUACUAUGUGCUGAGUGAGAGAAAGCAAUAUUACAGGUGUGAAAACGGGAGAUGGAGAACCCCUCCGAAAUGUCUGAAACCUUGUCAAAUAACACAAGAUAUUCUUGAAGCACACAACAUGCGACCUGAUCAACAAACAGGCUACAUAAAGCAUGGUGACUAUGUUGACUAUUAUUGCCAGCAUGGAUUGACUGUUUGGACAGGACACUACAAGAAAGUAACAUGUUCUGAUGGGAGAUUGGGCAUUGAAUCAUGUCAGUAGAUGUGUUUGUGUAUUAUCAGACCUACAGCAAUUAGCUGAGGUCAUCAGAUGUGCCUGUGGCUGAUCUACAGUCAUAUUUACCAGCCUGACAAUAUUGAGGCUCAUUUAUCUGAUUGUUGGCUGUUUGAGCUUCUCUGCUCUCUCGCUCUGUGCUUGAUAAUUGUUUUUUUGUUACAAGCUACAUGUACAAAGACAUACUCGUCAUUGCCUUCUUGUGCAUUGGCUCACAUCUGUUCUGCCCGUAGUCUGUGUUUGAGUAAUCCCAUUCUGUGAAAGGCCCUGUGAUCCGCUUUCACAUCUGAGGUCUGUCAGCAUAUUUUCUGUUCCUGUUUUUCCACUGGAGGGUUAUUUUCCAUUCCGGUUCAGUCCUGCAGCACUCAAAAGAAGGCUGACUUUCCGACUGCUUUAUUUCCCUUUAUUAAUAAAUACUAUUUCUGUGAUUUA